CCCGGUUCAGUCCUCCUUGUAUUUUUGAACGACCAACAGUGUCAGUGUUUUGUGAGAUUAUACCAAAAAGUUUUUGGAAUCAUGUCGGCGUCACCAAUUGCGAGGCAAGCCACCAACUGCCAGGCUAUUCCUUCGAGGAGGGUGCUCAUCACGGACCCCUCGCAGAUGCCCGAUGUGUACUCCAGCACUCCAGGAGGCACUGUUUACUCCACCACACCUGGAGGUACGAGGAUAGUGUACGAGAGGUCACUCAUGAUGUCGCUACGGCAGUCCCCGAUCUCGCAGACCCCACCUAAGUGCCCGCUGCCGGCCGCUCUCCUGAAGAACCCUAACUCCGUCCCGAAUGUCAUACAGCCGACUGCAGCACAGAAGGCACGGUCCAACUCAAUCUCAUUCGACGAGUCCCAGGAAACAUUCAGUAUGGAUCUCUAAUAGGUUAAUUAAGCUUCAAAGUCAUUACAAGAAACUUAUGCUUAUUGUACAAUUUCAUGAUAUAUCUAGUAAGUUCUAAAACAAAUGUGUGCGCUUACUUUAUAUCCUCCGUACGGCGCAAGUGUCAGUUUUCUUAAACUUUGGACAAGGAAAUUAAAUUAGCAAUUAGAUAUUUUAAUGUUCCAUGCCCUUAGUGUUUAGUUUUAAGUUAAUCUUAGUUCUUCAAAGCGUGACUGAACAUUAGUAGCGUUCUAAACGCGGUCCUUUGCCACGCCCGACAAAAAACCAAUAAAAAAUAUAAAACAAUACAGAUUAAAAAUAAUUAAAAAAUAUAAUUCAAUUUUUAAUGGAAUGGAUGCGUUCGAGUGAGACCAAAAAUGUACCUAUUUAUUGUUAUAAAAAUGUGGCAAAAGAUAAUUUGUAAAUAAUUAAUUGUUAGUUUUAUGCGUGUAACGCACACAUUAGGUGCUUAGUAUUUUUAUAUUAAAAAGCAAGUGCCAUUGUAUGGAAGUUAAUUCGUGUGACAUAAUUUACUUCCGCGUGGUGAUGCUGACAUUGUUACGAAAUCUCAGAUGUUCAAUGUUGUCUGGGUUUGCGAUAUUAAUUUGUGUUUAAGAAUAAACAAAAUCGGUCACAGAUUGUAAAUCUUAUAAGUGAAAUUGUAUUAUUACGGUAGGAAUCUGAAAAUUUAGGAAUUAAAGUUUCUAUUGUUGUAAAUGGGCCUAUGAAAGUUGUUUGGAGUACAUUGCGGGAUUUUGUCGAUUGGUUUCUGUACUGUCUGUACAAAUGGCGCAUUGUAUUGCGAGUAACUUAUUGACUUAGCCCUAGAUUAAGGAUUUACUUGAAUUGUUGUUCCAAAGCAUUUAAUGAUGUCUGUAAUGGUGGACGGGACGUCCAUUGACUCUCUUGUUCAAUGUGCGGGUGUGCCACAUUGCGUGGAUGCCCCAGUAUACUUAGUGUGUGUGAAUUAUGUUGAUAUUACAUACGACUGCCAGUAUAAUAAUAAUUAUGGAAAUAAAAAUGUUUAAAUUGUA